AUGCGAUCCCAUACUUCUCCCAAUGGGAUAGCAGCGACCCCAAACAGCGCCGCCCGCUCCCGCUCUCGAUCACCUAUCGGAUCUUCGCGACAGAGCAAACACCGCCAUCGCGAUGACGAUGAUCACGAUCGCCACCAAAGACAUCGACAUUCCCAUUCGCACUCCCAUCGCCGUACCCAUGACCGACCCUCCAAAUCAGCGAGAGAAUGCGAACCCUCCGCCCCGAUAAUCCUCCCCUUCAAUGCGCGCCAGCUCGGAAAACGCGACCUGCGCGCAUUUGAGCCCAUGUUCGCAAUGUACCUUGAUAUACAAAAGGGUCUUUUACUAGAGGAUCUGAGCGAAGACGAGGUAAAAGGGCGGUGGAAGAGCUUUACUGGGAAAUGGAACCGUGGAGAAUUGGCGGAGGGUUGGUAUGACCCUAGUACAUUGGAGAAGGCGCAAAAGAGUGCUGCGUCUGUCGGACCGAGGGAUUCGCCCAACUAUCAGAGGCCAGUUCAUGAGGCUGGAACAGAACGAUCUCAGACGCAUGGUGAUGAGUACAAUACUGGUGUCGAGGAGGAUGGUGAUGACGAGUAUGGCCCGAUGCCUCACUAUGGACCUGCUGCAGGCCCGACGAUACCAACUAUGCAAGAUCUAGAUUUGCGAAAAGAAUCCGCUAUAGAAGACUCCCUCGCCGAACGCCACGACGCCCGUCGGCAGCGUCGGGCAGAAAUCCGCACCCACAAGGCAGAACUCCGCCACCUGGAAGAAGAGGUCGCACCCCGUGCUGAACCGGGAACACACGAACGAAAGGUAGAAAAGCGCCGCGAAGCCGCCGCGGCUAAUAAGGCUUUUGCUGAAUCUCGACGCGGUGGUUCGCCGGAGGCUGCUCCGGACGAUGAACUUAUGGGUUCUGGGGAGAAUGACCUUGAGGCUAUCAAGUCUGCCCGGGAGAGGGAGCAGCGGAAGAAGAAUGAAAGGGAGAUUCGAAGGGAAGAAAUAUUAAGAGCGCGAACGGCGGAGCGGGAAGAGAGAGUAAAACGAUACAAAGAAAAGGAAGAGGAGACUAUUGGGUGGUUGAAGACCUUGGCAAAGCAAAGGUUUGGUUGA